GUGAAGGUUGAUGGAGGAUCAUUUAAACAGUUGCUCUGCUGCCUCUCCUACGUUAUUAUCUGGAAUUACCUUCACUUGAACACAGUUUUUGGUUUAUUCUGAUUGUGUUAUAUAACAAGAGAUAUUACAUCGGGUUAGCCGCUUACGAGGAUUGCACUUUUAUUGCCCAGCAAAAACAUGUCCCACCUGCAGUUUGAGGCUAACCUGAUCGAAGCGGUGAGGAUGGAUGGGGAGUUGACACGAGGUCCUCCACCUCGGUGGCAGCGGAAGGCACUAGAACAAGGGUUGCAGUCACUCUCCAUUUCUGAGAAUGCAUCUGCAGGACUUUUAAAUAUAUCUGGAGUAAGCAGUCCAUGGUCAGCUAAAACUCCACACAGUGGCUCCUUCGUAGAUAAAAGCCCUGGUAGGGGUAAGUCUCCAGGCAGAGGUAAAUCCCCUGGACGUGCAAUUCCCAAGCUGUCAAUACGAGGUCCAGGACAAAAAACACCCAGCCGCAAGACGCCCUCGACUCCACUCAACCAGCAGGACAGAUUUAUCCCCAACCGCAGCACGACAGAUGUGGAGCGAUCACACCACCUGUUGGUAACCAGUAUGGAGGCUUCUGGAGGGGAAAAGCAAAGCGAUGAUGACGAAUUGUCACUCCAACAGAAAGAAUACCAGGAAAAGAUGACUGAGAAUCUUAAUGAUGGCCAACCACCAAAGAUUAGAAUAUUAUCCUUCAAGAGUAAGGCACCUCAAGCAAAGGAAGAUCACGUAAAUAACCUCAAGGUGUUGUACAGUGCAGGAAAGGUAGCUGCACCCAAAGCUGCAUCCACACGACACAUCCCUAAUGUUCCCGAGAAAGUCUUGGAUGCACCUGAGCUCGUAGAUGACUAUUAUCUCCAUCUGCUGGACUGGAGUAUAAAUAACCACUUGGCAGUUGCACUCAGUAGCUCCAUCUACAUCUGGAAUGCAGGAGAUGGCUCUAUCACCCCCUUAGCCCAGCUUGAUGACCCAGAUUAUGUGUGCUCAUUAUCCUGGAUCAAAGAGGGUAAUGUUCUGGCCAUGGGAUUAAGCUCUGGUUUGACGCAGCUCUGGGAUGUUGGGCAACAGAAGCUGGUACGCACCAUGGGAGGCCAUUCAAAUCGUGUCACUACUCUCUCUUGGAAUUCGUAUAUUCUUUCAUCGGGGUCUCGCUCAGGACAGAUUUUCCAUCAUGAUGUUCGUAUUGCAGACCACCAUAUUGCUACGCUGGUUAGUCACACACAGGAAGUAUGUGGUUUGAAAUGGUCUCCUGAUGGCAGAGUUCUGGCCUCUGGUGCCAAUGACAACCAAGUGAACAUCUGGGAGCAAGGUGCCACUACACCUCUACAUACCUUCACUGAUCAUCAAGCUGCCAUCAAGGCAGUAGCUUGGUGUCCCUGGCAAAAUAACCUCCUGGCUACAGGUGGUGGCACUGCUGAUAGAACCAUUCGACUCUGGAACUGUACCACUGGCAUCUGUCUCAAGGAUGUUCAAACCAAUUCUCAGGUGUCCUCCAUAUUAUGGUCAUCCCACUAUAAGGAAUUAAUCUCUGGACAUGGCUUUUCCAACCACCAACUGACCCUCUGGAAGUAUCCCACCAUGUGCAAAGUGGCAGAUCUUACAGGUCACACUGGUAGAGUUCUAGAACUGUGUUUAUCACCUGACGGGCAGAUGGUGGUCAGCGCAGCUGCUGACGAGACUAUCCGUAUGUGGAAGUGUUGGGCUGUUGACAAGAAAGAUAAAAAACAAACAAAUGGCAACAAAGGUCACCCAAUUUCAAUGCUGGCUCGUACUAUUCGUUAAAAUUGUUCGGUAGAUUUUAUUUUUUGCUAGUUUACAUUUCUAAUUUGGAACUUCCUUGGAUAUGUAAUGUAUUUUAACAUUGUUUUUAGUCUUGCUUCUUAUUUAUUUCCCCUGAUAAUAUAUGACAGGAAAUUGUUACUUUGACUAGAUUUACAAUGUAAUAAUGUUGGUAGAAUUACCAACAAUAUGUUAGGUAAAAGGACACACGUACAACUAAUGUGACAUUUUACUGUGGCAACCUUUCGCUCUACAGGAGCUUUAUCAAGCUGUAACGGCUUGACAGAGUUCCUAGAGAUCAAAACAUUACCAAGAAAAUGUUGCAUUAAUUGCACUUGUCUUUUUACCCAACAUAGAUUUACACUAGCAAAUUUUUAUUAAAAAGCCACAGAGAUUGUUGGCUAGAUCUGGUGGGAAUAUAGAUUCAAGGAUGCUGCUGGAUUUGUGAUUCCUCAGAAAUUACUUUUUUCCUUAGGCAGUUAUGCCAGGUUUCUGUGAUAAUGUAAUCAAUUUUUUAGUCCCAAGUCUAAAUAUAAAUACAAUAACAUAAGCCUUAGUUUUUCUUGAACACUGAUAGUUAGGAAAGUGGGUCGGAAUUACAGUGGACCCCCGCAUAACGAUCACCUCCGAAUGCGACCAAUUAUGUAAGUGUAUUUAUGUAAGUACGUUUGUACGUAUAUGUUUGGGGGUCUGAAAUGGACUAAUUUACCUCACAAUAUUCCUUAUGGGAACAAAUUCGGUCAGUACUGGCACCUGAACAUACUUCUGGAUUGAAAAAAUAUCGUUAACCGGGGGUCCACUGUAUUUCCUAUUAAGCUAUGUAUGUUAUUAAAGACAAAAGAAAGGAAGAUAGGGAGUAGAUAAAUGAAACAUUUAUGUAACAUUUCGGUAUCUUUAUUCUGGAAAUGUUUUUCUGUGCAGUGGCUUCUUCAGUCCAAUACAGAGAAAGGUGGAAGAUGAGUAGUAGUGUGAGGUAAUCAGUCAGGGACUGAUUAUCUCAAACUCUUUAGUCAGGGACUGAUUAUCUCAAAUUCCUCCUCACCUUCUGCCCUUCUCUGUAUUGGACUGAAGAGGCCACUGCAUAGCAAAACAUUUCCAGAAUAAUAAUACCCAAAUGUUGCACAAUAUCAGUUUCGUAAACCAUUUAUUCACAAGAUAGGAAAUAGUUGCUCCUUCCCUUGCAAUUAAUAAUCAUUUCCAGCAAGAAAGAUGCACAUCUUUAAGAAGGUUGAAAUUACACUCUACGAAGGCAUCCCAGGGUCUUAACAUUCAAGGUAUAACUUAAUCAUAUUAUAUAUUAUAUGCCCUUAUAUUCUUUACGAAGAUUGUAGAGAGUUUAUAAUUACCUAAUUGAGUGUUUUGCUCAGUAUCAGCACUGAGAGGAAUUUGAGUAGUUAUACCUUGAGAAUAUUAAUUAAUGGACACUCGGGUCUUUAAUAUAUGUAGUAGGGAAUACAGUGGACCCCCGGUUAACGAUAUUUUUUCAUUCCAGAAGUAUGUUCAGGUGCCAGUACUGACCGAAUUUGUUCCCAUAAGGAAUAUUGUGAAGUAGAUUAGUCCAUUUCAGAUCCCCAAACAUACACGUACAAACGCACUUACAUAAAUACAAUUACAUAAUUGGUCGCAUUGGGAGGUGAUCGUUAAGCGGGGGUCCACUGUACGUAUUUGGUCUAUUUUUCCUCUAUAUAGUGUUUAAUGAAUACAUGUGCAGAGUUUCUUCUUUUUUUUAUGUAUUUUUACUAAAAUAAAUUUUUAAUCAUUAUUA